UUAUAUGGUUUUCAUUUCAGAUUUGACAAGAUGGCCAUUGAAUACUCUCAUGAGAACAUCUGGUUUGAUAAGUGGCGUGUAGAUGAUGCUGAACGCGAGUUUUAUGAAAGAAAGUACUUGCCAGCAGUAGGAAACCCCCAUGCAAGAUCAUGUGCAAGUAGACCUAUAGGGGUGGCUAGUAAGACCCAAGGGGCAGCAACUGCAGUGGAUGAACAAGAUACGGGAGAUGAUGCUCAUGGCUCUGAAUGCUUUCAAGAAAAUAGAAAUGUAUUGGAGGGAGGAUCGGGCCUAGGAACCUUGGCCAAUCAGAUUGCUAAGGCACGACAGGAAAUACAAAAUUCACUAGCCUCUGGUGGCCGAGGUGCAUCUGGUGGAGGUGCUAGUGCAGAUGUUCUCAACCGCAUCACCAAGUUAGAAGAUGACAAUUCAUAUUUAACAAAGAGGGUAGCUGCACUGGAGCAGACAAUAAUUAAUUUAACCAACCAGAUUGACUCUUUGAAUGUGUCUGGAGCAAAGACCACUACUACCUCCGUAAGUCAGAAACAACCAGAAAAAAAACCUGUGGCAGAGGAGGAAGACGAGGAUGACGAUAUUGAUCUCUUUGGAUCUGAUGAUGAAGAAGAAGAUGCAGAGGCUGCUCGUAUUAGAGAGGAGCGAUUAAAAGCAUAUGCAGAGAAAAAAUCUAAGAAACCUGGCCCCAUUGCCAAGUCUUCAGUGCUUUUGGACUGCAAACCCUGGGACGACGAGACAGACAUGAAAGCCAUGGAGAAUGAGGUCCGCAAGAUUGAAAUGGAUGGUCUUCUAUGGGGUGCAGCUAAACUAAAUCCAUUGGCUUUUGGAAUAAACAAACUUUCCAUCUUGUGCACUGUUGAAGAUGAGAAGGUAUCAAUUGAUGACCUCUGUGAGAAGAUUCAAGAAAUAGAAGACUAUGUCCAGAGUGUUGACAUUGCUGCAUUCAACAAGAUCUAAUGUGCCAUCCAUUCCAUUCUGAUAUGAAAUAAAAUAAGAGAGUAAUAGGAAA